GAUGUACCUGGUGAAGAUGUCUCCGCGCCUCUAUGAGGCAGAGGAGAACGGUGACAUCACCAUCGGAUGGGACUUUCAGACCAAAGCCGACAUGACUCGCAGCAACAUGGUUUGUUUUCUCCAGUCGGAGCCUCUGGAGCUUUUCUAUCAGAUGAUAAAGGGCGUUGAGGCUCCGGAGUCUCAGCAUCAGCGGUUCGCAGGACGGGUUCACUGCGACAGAGACGCUCUCAGAGACGGACGAGUCAGACUUCAGGUGUCCGCAGUCACAGCUGAAGACUCUGGAAACUACAGGUGUGAUCUGGCUGCUGCUUACGACAAAACCACGAGGCGGUGGGAGCUGGAGGUCUCUGAAAAGUUUGUUCUGAAUGUGAGUCGGAAGUAUGAAGGAGGCGCCGCUGACAAACCGAAGCCCGGACCGGAAACGAUUACAGGUCCAAAACAGCCGAAAGGAAGUCCACAUAAGGAAUACGUUUUCCUGGCUUUGUUCAUAGCAGCUCAAGUCGUAGCAGUUGCAGCAGCUUUUGGAAAAAUAUUAUGCAAACGCCCAAAACAGGAAGAUUCAGACCAAAGUGGACGCUCUGGCUCCGAGUCCUGGACUGAUGAAGUUCACGUCCACGUUCCUGACAGCUCCGGUCCUGGAUGAACACGGGAGAAACUACUGUAUGUGGUGGAGGGAUGACUUCCUCUGCAGCUCCGCUUCCUACAAUCUGUGCCUGCACUGUUAAAAAGACACUAUAAUUAAUAUAAGACACUUAAAGACUGACACUACUGUCAGUUCCCCUCCUCUGUCCCGCUGCGGUUAAUUAAAUGCUCCAGACCUUCACAGCAUUAGUCCUGCAAGAAAAAAAGAAAAGGCAUUAUUAUUAAGUAUUAACAGAUUAACUGUGAUCAAAUGUAUUUUUCCAAAUGACUGAUCUGAUGUACACACUUAGACCAAGUUACAUUUUGCACUGACUCAAGUUUAUGAUCUACCUGUAGCCAAGUUACCACGAAUCACCGUUCUGCUUAGGGUUGUGUAUAUAUUUUCUAUUUUAUACGUGCAAUUUUAUUUAAAUUAUUUCUUUAUUCAUUUAAUUUUUAGACAUCUUGUAUAACUUUGUAUAGUUGUUUUAAACUGCUUUAUUUUCAUUUAUAUGACCUCUGAGUGUUUUAAUCUAAAUGAAGUGCAGCAGGUUCCAGACCGCAGCUGUUCAUGUCCUUCACUUUCACAACUCAAACUGUAGAAAGAGUUCAUGUUGUUCAGGUGUCCUCUUCACACAAAACACAAACGCAACAAUAGAUAAGCAAAAAGAGGAAGUAGAGAACGAGUAUUACCACGUGAUUUUGUUUUUUGAUUAGGAUUUACAAUCAAACAAAACCAUAUUGAUUGAUACUGAUUGUUUUCUUACUGUUGAGUCUUGUGCUCUUCCUUGUAAUAAAUGACCACAGUAACAACAGA